UCCUUGUGACAGGCGACAGAAGUGGUGCAGCUUCAGCCCCCGGAACUGCUUCUCCUGCUGGAAGAUCUCUCAGAGAAACUGGAGAAUAUGCUGAUACCUUCCAUAACCAAGAGAAUCCCCUUUUUCAAGAGUAAAGGCAGGCGGAAUAUUGGAUUCUCACAUCUCCAUCAGCGAUCUCCCCAAGAGAUUGCUUACAGUGUCGCGGAGCUGCUGAACCCAUUGUGUAACCAUCUGGAAAACAUUCACAACUACUUCCAGUGCUUAACCUCUGAGAAUGAUGGUAUCAUAGAUGGAGCAGAAACAAAGAGUUUGGAGUACCACAUGAUGUCUGCCUGCUAUCCCAGGCUACUGCGCAUUUUGCUGGCAUUUUUUUCUUGGAAUGGAUUUUAUCAACCUGAAAAUUUCACUUUACUGUAUUCUACCCUGGAGACCCUUAGCAGCCGCCUGAAUCCACAAGAACGUGACCAGUCCUUGGAGCAGCUGCUCAGCCAAAGCUUCCAAUACUUACAGAACUUCAGUCCUAGCCUCCCCAAUCUCCAUUGUGCUCUCUAUCUCCUCCAACUUCUGUUGGUUCUCCUGGGAAAAUUUGCAGAUCCUAAUCGAAACAAGGACAAAAUUGCUUCCUUGGCCAAACAGUUCCUCUGCCGGGUGUGGCCGAGUGAAGAGAAAGAGAAGGGCCGAGUCUUUAACGAACACCUCCACUCUUUACUCUGUGUCUACCUGGAGCACACAGAUGGCGUCCUGAAGGCCAUAGAGGAGAUUGCAGGGGUCGCUGUCCCAGAACUCAUCAACUCUUCUAAAGACGCCUCCUCUUCAUUCCCUACAUUGACUAGGAGCACCUUUGUCAUUUUCUUCCGUGUGAUGAUGGAACAGCUUGAGAAGAAAGUGAAAAGUCUUCAGCCUGGCACAGCGGCAGACUCGGAGCAGAUACAUGAAGAGAAACUUGUCUACUGGAACAUGGCUGUCCGAGACUUCAGUAUCCUCAUCAACCUGAUGAAGGUCUUUGAUAGUCGUCCUGUUCUGCAUGUAUGUUUGAAGUAUGGCCGUCUGUUUGCGGAAGUCUUCCUGAAGCAGUGCAUGCCGCUACUAGACUUCAGCUUUAGAAAGCAUCAGGAAAAUGUCCUAAGCUUAUUGGAGACCUUCCAGCUGAGCACUAGGCAGCUUCAUCACCUUUGUGGACAUUCCAAGAUUCACCAGGACACAAAACUCACCAAAGAGGUGCCAUUCCUCAAGAAGACCCUGGAGCUGUUGGUCUGUAGAGUGAAGGCCAUGCUCGUGUUCAACAAUUGCAGAGAAGCUUUCUGGCUGGGCAAUCUCAAAAAUCGGGAUUUGCAGGGUGAAGAGAUUCUAUCUCAAGUUUCCCAGAGCACAGCAGAGGAGAGCGAGGAGGAUGCAUCAUCCCAAAUCUCCAAGAGCAAAACUGCAGAGGAUGAUGAAGAUGAUGAAGCGAGUGCCGAAGAAAAAGAGCCAAGUAGUGAUGACAGUGACGAUGACUGA